CUGCGUUGGGGACUCUCUUCGCGUUUCGGCGGCUGUUGUUACCACAAGAGCUGCUGGCUACCAGUAUAACGUUUUCGGCAGUUAAUGUAGUUUCGGUCACCAGCAGCAGCACCACCGCCCCAGAGCGAACUUUUCGGAAGCCUAUCUGCCUAAUGCACGCUCUUCACAGUGGAUUUCCUUAGAACAAACACAUUUCGCGCAGACUAGUCGGAACUUUGCUCCUCAUCAACCAAGUCCACGCACUCACAGGAAUCUUCAAGCAAAAUCUGAAAGGAAUACUUGCUGAACUAAGGCCAGCUUACCGAGCACCCAGGACCCAGCAACCGGGACUCAGGAGCCAGCGCGGACACAAGUGCAUCUCUUCGAGCGGAAGCAGAGGACCACAACCAGGCGCAGCCACGCCCCUAGAGCGACAGCCCAAAGAUGGCGGCCUUCAUAGCUAAGCAGAUGGUUGGAAACCAAUUAAGUGCCGUUAAAGGCGCUGUAGGAGGUGAUGGAGGCGAUGAUGGCGACGACAAGGAAAAGGCAGAGGAGGAGGAGAGGGAGCGUCAGGAGGCCAUCAAGGAGGCCGAGGACCGCCGAAAGGAAAAGCACCGGAAAAUGGAGGAGGAGCGCGAGAAGAUGAGGCAAGACAUUCGCGAUAAGUACAACAUCAAGAAGAAGGAGGAGAUCGUGGAGGCGGCCCCCCAAGAAGAGCCCAAUCCCCUGAUGCGGAAAAAGAAGACGCCCGAGGAACUCGCCGCCGAAGCGGAGCAGGAAGAGCUCGACGAUUUUACAAGUAAGUCUUUGCUGCCACUGUCAAGUGCCGUUGAACCUGGCUCAGCUAGUGGCAUCUAUAUACUGCAAUUGCAACCCACUAAUUUCUCCGCUCCGAUUGCUCCUGCUCCUAUUCUAUAACUGUAUCAGAUUUUGAGUUGUCGAAAUUUUUUGUUUCUUACUACUUUGCCAGCGGUUUACGCGAGUCCCGCCAGGUCCAGACAAUACCUAUACAAAUUGACUUAAAAACUGAAACCACAACAAAAACCGUUUAAUAUCCGCUAAAUAUCCCACGGCGCUCGAAAGUAGUAAUUGUGGUUUUGUUUGUGCAUCUGUGUGUCUCUCGUAUCUUAAUGCAAUCGAACAACCCAAUAAAAGUCUAUAAAUAACUGCCCACUAACCGAACUAUCUAUCUCUCUAUAUAUAUGUAUAUUUAUGUACUCUUUUCCAUGUGCGUAAAACAUCUAAGCUACAAACCUAACUCUAAUACUAACCCUAACUGCAACCCUAUCUGUCUAAGAUCUAAUCUUCAAUCUUGAUGCAACGACGAAUAUAAACAUUGUCAAUUAUAUUUUUAUAUAACAAGAGUGCACACCAUUUCACAUACUUCAUUUUAUUCAGGUUUCAAACUUAUGUUUCGUAACGCUUAAUCAUUUGUACGUGAGAAUGACCACGAGAAAUCUAGGCAGCAUUUGAACAUACAGUGGAUGAAUAAUUUUUAUGUUUUUCUUGAACUGUAAUUGCAUUUGUUGUUUAAUAUAAAUUGUGGGUAAACAGGCGGAUGAAUUCUGCUUAGGUUUUGUUAUUCAAUCAAUUAGAAAAAGGUAAGUGCGAUUAUUGGUAAAAACGUUUGUUUUCCUUAUGUGUGGUAAUACUGUUGUAAUACAUUUGUAUUCCAAAACUAUUCUUCAGCCCCCAACAUCACCAACAAUUACAACUUUCGACUGCUCUAGCUCUUUUUUCACUGCCGCUUAUUCUUUGUAAAUGUAUCUUUAAUAUAUCCAGCAUAAAAAUAACUCUACUGGAAAAAAUAAGCAAUGAAAGUAGCACAUAAUUCAAACCGAAUACAAGAUUUAGAUUAGACCACAUUAGGGGAACAAGUACAUAUCAACGUUUUUCUUUUCGUAUAUUGUUUGAACAUCAUUAUCACUCUCUAUGCACUUUACAGUACUAAUAACGCCUAUUUUCUACAUAUUAAUAUAAUCACUAACAGAAAACUUGUGCUUGUGUGCUAAACCGCAUUUUAAAACUGAACACUCAUAACUAUAUAAAUGUAACUGAACCAAAACAAAUAAAAAAUAUAUAUACGAUAAAUGGACGAUAAACAAUUACAAAACGUUUUCCCUGUUGUCUACUCUUUCUCUUCAAUAUGUGUGCUAUAUGUACUUAACAUACUGCAUAAUACGUAUGUAAAAUAUAUAUAAUGCCCAUAUACUGCAUAUGUAUGUGUAUUUCUUCGCACCGAAUUCUAUAACCCUAUCUUUAUUUCUCUAUCAAUCUAUUAAACAUCUAUAUAACUAAAACUAAACUCUUAUACUGUGACAUACUUAAUGCCAACGAACUCUACUGAUCAAGACUUUUCUACGUGUAAUUGCUUUUUCGUUACCAUUUUAAUUAUUCGUAUUCGAACGAUACCCUUUUCCGAAGCUUAAAUGCUCCUUACAUAACAGUUACAGCUACAGUAGACCAAUUACUUAACAUGAGCAUCCAUGAAUACAUAUACAUACCAGUUAACAUGUCAAACAUUUGUAGUCUACUCUACAAAAUAUGCUUAUUUAUUGCUGUUUCCAUACUCAAUUUCUUUUACAGAACUGAAAAAUCAAAUAGAAACGCAAGUAAAUGAGCUAAAAACUCAAAUAGAGGGAAAAUGUGUCAUGCAGUGAUAUGUCAGUCACCAUAAUAACAGAUAAAUAAAUAUGAUGAUAAAACACGUGUAAUACUGAUAACAUAGCCCAUAAACGGAAAUUAAUUUAACUCAACUUAAUAUUGAAUUUGUUAAUAUGAGAUCAGUUCAUUUACAUGGGAACCAUAAAUGAAUUAAAACUACUGCGAAUCUAGAGCGUAAUAUAACUUUACCCGGCAGCAGCAUAACGCCUUUUAAACACUAAAUCUCAAAAUCGACGACAGCUAUAAUUCGAAAUGCAUAAUCAAAAUCCGAACGAGGCGGUGAACUUUAUGAAUUUUAAAGUAGCUAAAUCGCGUACCAAAUCAUUUAAAUCCCAACUAUAGUGAAAGCCUUUAAUAAUAUUCAAAUCACUUUGCUACGAUAAUAAUGUAAUAUACUCAAACCCAAUAUACAAUACAUAAUCGUUGUUUAGCUGAUAACAUACAACAAAAAGUAACGAAAUAAUGAAUAUAUUGAAUCGGCACGAUGACACUCGAAUGCAAAUAGAAAAAAGAAUAAUAAAAUAACAUAAAACAAAAAUACCAAUCCUAAAAAACAUUAAGCCAAUGGUGCGACAGAGGAGGCUACCGAGUUUGUCGAGCCGUCGAAGUACAUACAUAUGUUGCUGAAAUCACACUGGACUUGAAAUCCAUCUAUAAGUAUAGAUAUACAUAUUAUAAAAUAAAUCGGCGAACAUGUUAGAAUGGUCAUUCAAAUACACCCGUUGUGUAUAUAUGUAAAUUUCAAGAAUUUUACUAGGAGUAAUAAUACUUGCAAACGAAUUGACUGCAGGAUACGUUAAAAUGGCUGAUUCUCUAAAUUGUUUUUCAUAACCAAGAAAAAAUGGUUACAAAUAUAUGAAAAAAGAUUCAGUCAAUUUGUUUUUCAACGUUUGACUCAAACAUCUUUAACAGCUGUUACAUUUUGUUUUUUUCUUAUACAAACAUCAUACCUACACAACAAUUGAGAAUUUCGAACUCUUUGAGACAGUUAAUGAUCUCUCUGAUUGAUGCUUCUGAAAUGUAAGUAAAUAAGAUUACUAUAUUCCUUUACAUAAACCUAGAUCUGCAAAAACAAGACUAACCAAUGCCGGGCUUAAGUUUUUUUAUCCAUUUAUUUGUACCCAGGGCGGUUAGGGUUUGGUUAAGAUACGGCUAUUCCAUAGAAAAUAUUGUACAACAAUAUGUAACGAAAAUAUUUAGCAGUAGUCAUUUAGACAAGGACAAUAGCUUAUAAGAGAUACUAGGCAGUUCGAGAGCAUAAUGCUGUGAUACAUUUAGCAUACAUUUUUCACCGAAAAACCACUAACCUCCAAACGACCUCCAGAACCCUAAUAUCUGAAAAUACAGAAAGAAACAUGCAUGCAAAACGUCACAAAGAAACAUGGACACCAACGCAUAUGACAUAUGUAUAUAAGCCUUUCCAACGCCAGUACCAGAUACGCCGAUCGUCCAAAGCAUCCACUUGUGAAGGACAUACUGGCUUACAUGCUGAAUCCCACAUACUCUUACAUUUUCGCACAGAGAGUCUUCAAUGCCAACAAUAGUAUAUACUCUUCCUAUAUUUAUGCCUACAACCUACACCUAUUCAUGUCUUCUGCGGUAGUUCACCGAGAUUUUCCAAGGUACAGAUCGCAUUUCAUAUGCACGGAUGUACGUAUGGAUGUACAGAACGAGGUACUUCUCACGCUCAGGGCUUCAUGAAGCUGUCGAGGAUGGACAUUCCAUCGUGAAGUGGACUUCGGGUUGCAUGCGGCUUAUGAUGAGCGAGUCGUGAAUGUUUUCUAUCUCAAAACUAUUUCAUACUUAUAUCUCAUCACCCAUACGCACAUGUGUGUACGGAAUGUGCCACGACUUGUACAAUGUCCUCCCAGACUGUGAAAUCAUAUUGUAGACCGUUCGGACGUAAGCCACGAAUAAAUAAGUUUAGAUGAUGCAAUGCAUCGAAGUAAUCUUGCAGUCGGAAGGGACAUUUGUGCUACGGGUAAGCACACAAAGCUUAGCAGUUGAAAAAUUUUGUUUGUCAUGUUGAACUGAAUUAAACUAAAUAUACAAUUAAUGAUGAAUGUUUUAACCACACUGCAUUCUAUAUAUAUAUAUAUAUCUCUUUCUCUUCCUCUGUUGUCUCUCUCUCUCUCUUUCUCUUCUUUGGUUUGAAAACACUCUUUUAAAUCUUUAAUCUACGCCACUCCACUCUGCCUUAAAAUCAAUAUCUGAAAACAACCAGAACAACAUAUGCAAAAACACGAAACAACAACAAUAUCAACUAUUACAACAACAUCAACAACAAUUCUACCAAUUCUUCACAACUACGUCUUGAUGGUCCCACUUAGACAUGUUCUCUCGGUGUUUUAUAAGUUUCAUCAACAACAGCCAGAACAACAGCACAAGAAAACGCCUACAGCCAGUACAAGAACAACAUCAACAACAACAUCAACUACAGAAGAAUCCAAAUAUGUAUUAUAAGAGAUGAACAAUACUUUCCAAGCAAACAGUAGAUGAAAACAACAAGCUGCAUGAACAACAGCAUCAACUAAAUCAGAUCAUUGCAAUUUGCAGGCCAGCAUUCCCUAUCUUAUUUCUGAACAUUGUGAAUAAAUUCGGAUGUGGUUUACCAAAUAUGCCAAACCAAACAGGCUCAUAUAUAUACCAUACAUGGUCACUAAUCACCAGCAAUCAAAUGGCUAUAUGGUGUUGCAAAUGCUUUAAAUAAUGUACAGAUCCAAUAAAAAGCAACGAAAUAUGCAUAUACAUCUGUGCAACAUUCAUUAGAAGUCACUUAAUUAAAGAGCUAAAUAUGACAUUCUGUACUCACAAUAGAAAGCUAAACUUCCAAAUCCCAAAAGAGAGUUUCAAGAUAUCAGUUAGAGCUUCGUGUCACAAUGCUUCUUAAAAUUCUCAACAUCAUGUUUUUCAUAAGUCGGUGGGACAGCGAUAAAGCAACCAGGCUUAACGCCCUUCUCUGUCAAUCUAAUAAAGCAAUCCUCUAGUGCCCCUCGCUCCAUACAGAGUUAGGAACGAUCAAACUAAUGAAUGAAUGCCUUAACGUGGCUCAAAUGACUAGACCAUGAAUAGCGAAUAGUUGAUGAUAAGAAAAGUUGAUUCUACCCUAAGAAAGCAAUUUGCCAGCCCUUGCUUUGUUUCCCUAUUGUCUGUUACUGAACCUGCACCCAGAAAUGUAUCUUAGCUAUGAUCCUUUUAAACUCAAAACUAACAGUCUAUAAAGAAACCGCUUUUCAAAUACUUAUAGAAAAUGUUUACCUAGAUUCUACUAUAUGAAUUGCGUUUUGUCUCAGAUAUUUAUAUACGAUUGAAGGCCACUUUAAUUGUUCAAUAUGGUGAACGAACUAACACAUAAUUAAAACCAACACAACUUAUUGAAGCAUACUAUUCAAUCUUAACCAAGUUUUAACGUUAUCAUAAAUGUUUAAAGUGUUAAAUGGUUCAGCCGCUUUCGUUUUCAUUUAUAAUUUGUUAAUACUAUGUUAACGUUUAAAAUAUAGUAUUGAAAAUGUAAUCAUAUGUAUAUCAGAAAGUUCACGAAACCACAGAUUAUUAAAUAUUAAUAUCUAUCUAUAUAUAUGUAUAUAUAUAUACAUGUAUAUAUACAUAUAUGUAUAUAUGUAUAUAUGUAUAUAUGUAUAUAUGUAUAUAUGUAUAUAUGUAUAUAUAUAUAUACAUAUACAUAUAUACAUAUGUAUAUUUAUAUAUAUGUGUGAAUAUGUGUAACUUAAUAGGAAAAUGAAUUUAAUAGAGAAACAACAGACAAAAAUUAUAAAUAAUGUUGAAAAGAAUACCAUUCAAGUCAUUAUUAGAUGUGAAAGACGUUCUAUACCCAGCAAAACAGAAACAAAAACAUAAGAAAAUCGUUAAUAGUUGAUUAAUUAUAUUGUUACUUUGAACAUUUAACUAAAACGAACGAAAAACAAAAGAUGCUAUAAUAAAAAAGUAUAUAUGUUUAAAUAUAUAUGAGAAACACAACAAUACAUUUGGUUUUAAUUCCGAGUCGGUCAUUAUCUCCAGGCGUAACCAUCACCUUACCCAACACUCCAUGCGACCGAUUAUACAUUGUUCCGAUUACACUGCGACUAUCUGCCUGCCCGAUAUCUGAUACGUAUAGCGAACUUGAUUUGGCAUGACUGUUGGUCUAUAUGUUUUUCUAUCUAUGUGUACGUGUCUCUCUUUCCUCUGUCUAUCUCUCUGUAUCUGUUUCCGUAUCUGUCACUAUCGACCUUCUAUCUAUGCCUAACUCUGCUCUGCUCCUCCAAGUACCUGUCUUGCAGUUUAGAACAGUACACACCUGAAUCCAUGUAGUACACGGGUUCCAAUGUUAGAACUUCAUACAUGUACAUCGAAGGGCCGACAUCCUGCUGUCUAUUCGUGAUGUACUAUAUUUGUAAAGCCUAUAAAACUGCUGAAGACUCUGUAAAAAUGUGUUUGGAAUGAGCCGUGUUAUCAGUCGUAAAUAUUCCUUCUGCCAAAUCGUAUAAACAAAAGUUACCCACUUAUUGUGAACUAUUUUGGGUUAGGCAUCUGAAGAAGAGUAAGUAUAUAUUUGAAUAUAAAUAAAGUAUAUAUGCCUAGGCUAGUAACUUUUUGUUGUGUAACCUUCAUCAUCCAGGAAAGGUAUGUAAUCGUAAUUUUCUUGCCCAUACCUCACCAUACAUCAAUCACAGCGAUCUCAAACACUUCCAAAAAUACACCCAAGUCCAACAUAAAUGUCACAGCCACGACGACCUCAGCAAUAGAGGGAAAAUCCACAUGGAAACAUAUUUCAUUAUUCCUCCUAUGCCAGGCAGAAAACAAACGAACUCAAAUCAAAAAAAUCUACCCUUUCAUUUUUAUAAGUUUUUGUUCCUCAGUUCUUUUUAUCAAUUUCUUAGGCUGUUUUCUAUUUUAUCAACAUUAAAUUACCGGGGGUUUGUUUGCAAAUUAACUGAUUUUGACUUGUUUGUAUUUUCAGCAAAGUUGAAAAAACGUCUUAGCGAUGCGUUUAAGAAUUGUCCUUUGAGAAACUUGUUCUGAACAAAGCUCCCAGAUAAGAGAGAGACCACUAUUUGGUCGGUAUUGGUUUCAAAUUACCCAAACAGACACCCACACCAGCACGCCCCCUUGCGCUUAUAUGUGAAAGAGUAAAUCAAAGUACUCUUCUCCUUUGAAUCCUUCAACGUGGAUUAUCUGACAGAUCCUGAUCCAGCUAAGACAUGGAAUGACGGCUAUACUAACUUCUGUCUAAGCUAGGCUUACAUCAAAUGAUUUCGAUAUGUGGAUACGCUUUUGCCCAACUAGCACCAUUGCCUUUUAUGUAAGCCCCACAUUAUAAGACGAUUUCAACGGUCCCCACUUUAAGAAAGUUGUCGACGGACCCAGGUGUGGAGAAAUCACAUUUAAGCACUAGCACGUUUGAAUGAGUUGGAUAUUUGAGUAGUUGAACUAUUUAAGUUAAGUGUAAAGCAACGCACAUUGAUGCAAUGAGACAGUCAGUUCCUUUGUACUUAAAUCGAGUUUGCUUUUUAGAGUUGGCUCAAAUUCGGUUAUUCCAUAGGCACAACGAUUAAAGAUAGAAACAUUACGAUACUUUUACAUACAUAUAUUGACUAGAAGGAAACGUAGCAAACGAAUGUGAAAUCAGAGAUGAAUCGACAACGACAGUAGUUUAAAGCAAUUAGAAUAGAAAAAUCGCCGCAUACCGAGAGUCUUUUAACGGUGCCAAAUGCACAUUCUUGUAGAUUUCAUGUAAAAUCGCGAGUAAUAUAGGUGACUCGAGUAUUUUCGUCGUUUGGCCAAUAAUUCAUAAGAUUUUAAAAGUACCUGAAAUUCCAUUGACCCUAAUUGAAGUCUAGUAUUAGGUUAAGAUCAUUAGAAUGACGUGUUGCUGAAUGCAGAUGACUUCCUCCCUAACAUGAAAUCUGCUCGACGACAAAGGCGUGUUCCUUUAAAUUUUUUACAUUUUCAUUAGGCUUACCACUUGGCCUGCUUAAUGUCAACUAUUUUUUCCGAUCCGUUCUGUCACAAAUGCCGAUUUUGGCAUUUUUAUAAAAGAUGGUGGAAUAGAUGGAAAUCGUUUCAUCAUGAAUCAUUUAAGCAAAACAAUCAAUCAUAUCUGUCUUGAACGAUUUCGUGUCUUAAUUUGUAAUAUUAAAUAAUUUUACAACUUGAAUGAUAUAAAAAUAAGAUAAUUCAAAAGAAUUGACGAAAAGUAAAAUAGAAAGUUGUUUUUAUAAUAUAAGUAUGUAUCAUUUACAUACAAAAUGACCGACUGAACGUAUUGUUAAAAGUUUUAUGAACCUUACUUGCAUAUAUACAUUGAUAUGAUCAAGUAAAUAAAAAUUAAGGAAAUAUAUAUACAAGGAAUUCAUAAAAAUAUAUUAAAGAUUCUAUACCCUAAUUAAUCAUAAAUUUGCGACUCAAAAUAUACAAGAAUAAUUUAACUUUAAAAAUAAUAAAAGACGCAUAGCCCAAAGUUAAAUUAAUUACCUAGGACCAUAUACAGAUUGAGUAAUAACAAUAGUUUUGACACACGCCUCAUUGACAUUUGAUAUCAUAUAAACCACUUUUGGACAUCUAUCAUCUAAUUAAAGCGUACCUGCUUUCGUUACAAGCCCCCAAAAAAUAGCAAGACUUUUUUUAAAUAUCUGCAUUAUAUCUCCUUGCCUUCGAAAGAAUACGAUUUAGAAAUGGGAAACAUUCAAAGAAAUGCCGUAGAAGUCCCUGGUAAAUCGAAAGCAGCUGUAAUAGUUAGCAGCUUAGCCACUUAUCGCAGUUAAAUUAAGCAUUCUUGCAUUUCGAUAACGUUUUGAAGAUAGAGUAACUUAACAACCAAUGCCAAUGGUUCUGUCAAACAAUUAUUACUCAUAGGUCAAAGUUCUACACGGACACGCACUAAACACCGCAGCGAUGCAAGUGCGAGUCGAAUGAUUGAAUGAGUAGCGAAUACCAGUAUUGUACCAGUUAAAUUGAAAUAUAUUGUAUUGCAUUGUAAUAUGUUGUAUUGUAUUUACUGUUGAAUUAUAUUUUAAUAUAGAACAAGUUCAUUUAGAAU